AUGGAAUCGUUUACACUUCAACUCCCGAACGGAGGAACAGUGGCGGGUAUUCAAAACAUACCUCCACACUCCGAAUCUCCCAUCCAGUAUCGGCCUCUGGUUGUAGCCCUCUAUGGUGGUGGUUACGAAUGCCAUUACUUUGAUGCCAAUCCCAGACACACCGCAUCCAUUUCAAGUAACGCUUACGGUGUCCCGUUCAUAUCCAUCGAUCGCCCUUGCUACGGAGGAACAAGUUCCUUUCUCCCCGUCCCGAAAGGAUCCAACUUCAUAGCGGAGACCGGGACCUGGUUGCACAAAUACAUACUGCCAACCCUUUGGUCCAAGUUCGGAGUCCCGAAUCAAUGCAACUGCCUCGUACUCUUUUGCCAUAGUCUCGGUAUCAUGUACGGCGUUGCGGCGGCGGCGAUGCAUGGGCAAGAUGAGAGGCCAUCUUACCCGCUGGGGGGGCUUAUAUGUUCUGGCGUCGGUGAUGUUUGGCAGCCUCAUAUGUAUGAGAAGUCGGUGACUGAGCCAUAUGACCCUUUGGGCCAAAGCUCGGCUGAUCCAGAGUUGAAAGAUACUCUUAUGUUUCGACCGGGAACCGUGCACUCAGACAUCCUCAAGCUCGCGGAGCGGCUCAAUGCUCCAGCCCCGCUUGCCGAGCUUGCGAGUUUGCCAGCUUCGUGGCUAUCUAAUUGGAAAGAAGAGUGGGCAGUGCACGUUAAGACACCGGUCAUGUUCGCAUUGGUGGAACAGGAAUCGUUCUUCGUCGUUUCAUAG